CACAUGGCCAAACAACUCAGCACCUUAAUUCACAUCACAUAGUGACCAGCUCUCAAGCAGCAUCAAGCAUAUAUACGAUGCCUGUUCACAACAUCCUCAAAGAAGAACAACAACUAGUUUCAGAGCAACCGCCUGAUAUUAGCAAUUGGCCUCAUCACAUGCCACCACCAGAUCAGCCAGUUAGUAUGUCGUCUCAAAUGCAAAUGCCGUUAGAUAUACCAACUAUUGAACAAUCCGAUCUAAGUCACCACUUUUACAGUGGGCAGACAGAAAGUCACAAUCAGAAUGUUAUGGAAGUAGUUCAAGUUCCACCUCCAGCUAAUAUUGCACAGCCACAGUGUAGAAUGGAAAACACUAGUGGACCAGUUAAGAAUAACGUUUACCCCGGAAGCAACUGGGAACGUGUAGAGCACACAGAUAAUAUAAGACCUUUAUCAAGUCAAGCUUUACCAGAAUAUUGGUGCUCAAUUGCAUAUUUUGAACUGGACACGCAAGUAGGAGAAACUUUCAAAGUUCUAUCAAAAAUACCGACUGUUUCUGUAGAUGGAUAUGUAGAUCCCAGUCGAGGUAAUCGGUUUUGUUUAGGUGCCUUAAGUAAUGUUCAUAGAACGGAACAAAGUGAGCGAUCAAGACUACAUAUUGGUCGAGGUGUCGAACUUACUUUAAAAGGGGAGGGCGAUGUUUGGUUAAGAUGUCUAAGUGAACACUCCGUUUUUGUGCAGAGCUAUUAUUUAGAUAGGGAAAAUGGACGACAACCAGGGGAAGCAGUCCAUAAAAUAUUCCCAGGAGCGAAUAUAAAAGUAUUUGAUCUUUGUCAGUGCCAUCAACAAAUGACUGCUCAAGCUGCAACAGCCCAGGCUGCGGCCGCGGCUCAGGCUGCAGCUGUUGCAGGCCAUAUUCCGGGACCUCAUUCUGUGGGAGGCAUUGCUCCGGCUAUGAGUAUAUCAGCUUCAGCAGGCAUAGGGGUAGAUGAUUUACGAAGACUGUGCAUUCUUCGACUCAGCUUUGUCAAAGGUUGGGGCAGAGAUUACCCAAGAAAAAAGAUCAAAGAAACGCCUUGUUGGAUUGAAGUCCACUUACAUCGCGCUCUUCAGCUUUUGGAUGAAGUAUUACAUAAAAUGCCAGUGGAAGGAGCGUGCAGCGCAAAAUAGAUUUUUUGGGUCAAUUUUUUCAUACGUCGUGUAAAGCAUUUUCUAUUAGUGUGCCUUUAAUUGCAUUUCGCUACUUCUAAUAAACUCAGAGUAUAGCUAAACUCAAUUCAAGCGUACAUUGGAUAAAUAUUAACAACUUAUUUGAAAUUUGUAUAAAAAAAUGUUGUGUUCGGUUUUUUUCUAUUUUAAUAUUUUUGUCAGACAGAAUUAUGUCACGUCUUUUACUGCGAAUUGAUGAAGAGUGCUUAUAUUUCACAAUAAAAAAAAACAAAUUACUUGAUAUUUUGAGAACAAUUCUGAUAUGUUUAUUUAAUUAUAACAGGCGAAAAGUUUAUUAAACAAUCUGCUAGAAGAAAAAAAAUAUUUGUACAUGCCAUAGUAAAAAUAUAUCUAAACAUUUAUUAACCAAGCGUCAUUUUUUAUAUUUCCAUGCAUUAAAAAAAGAUCACGAAUUUUUAGAUAUUGGGAUCGUUAUUUAACUAUUUCCUCUUUUUUAAGUUUCGUUUGAAGAAGAUCGCAGAAUUGCUAUAGAAAAGUCAAGAAAACUUUUCCAAAUUAAUUGAUUUUCUAAUUGGAAAUAUGUAUCUCUAAGAACUUGAAAUAAAGUGUGUCGUAAAAUACCCUCUAGGUGAUUUUCAGUGUGUGUUGAUAAAUAAUUCGUCUUGUAUUGUGAAAUAAGAGCACUCUUUAUCAAUCCAUAAUGAAAUAUGUGAGGUUCUUUUUAAAAAGACUCUUGUUUUGUCUGAAAAUUGAAGCAUUGAUUGAAAAAUAAAGAUUUAAAAAAUAUAAAUCCUCUUCACCCAUAUAGACCUCAUCUACAACAUUUUGAAAUGUAGUUGAGUUAAAGUGACUUUUUAUUUUAACAAAGCUUGAAAACUAACCAAUUGUGUCUUAUUCUUAUCAUGUAUACUUACAUUUCAGCUAAAUUAUAUUUUCGUAUACAUUGUAAAGGCGAAGAAAAAGUAACACAAAUAUGGUUUUAUUUACUUUAUACAGAUUCACAUAUGAUUUAUUCUCAUUGUCAAACGUACGAAAGCGUUUAUCAGACCGCGAGACAUAUGUAGGUACAAGAAAAUAUGCCACCGUUAUACCUUAUUACCUCAGGAAUAAUUAAAAUAAUCAAUUUUGUCGUUGAUGAUAUUAUGGUUAUGACAAAAACUAUCGCUUUAUGCGAAUAGUUACUCAUGAGUAAUAUAAGUUUUGUAACCCAUGUAAUUUGGUUCUGUUUUCCUUCACAUAAUUUUGGAAUUAUUUCCUCAAGCGACAUUAUAAUACUAACUUUUUUCGUUUAAAAUCGUUUUUACCACGAUUUUCUGUAAAAAUUGAAGAUUUUAUUGAAUUUAAUUUGUUCCAACAUAUCAGAAUGAAUAUUGGGUUUUCUAUUAUACCAUACAAUACAGAAAAACGUAUUAACUCUUCUCUGAUCAAACAUAAACGUUUCUACUAAAUGAACGUUACAAAGCCAAAUUUGCCCUAAUUUUGUUAGUGGAUAAAUUCUGAUUUUUUUAGGUGAUGUUGUUUCAGUUUGAAGCUUGAUUUGUUUUUUGUUCGUCCAAAAGGUCCAAAUUAAGUACCGCACAAAAAAUGCAAAAUUGCGGAAAAUUCGUAAGCCUCCUAGUUGGACAAAAAACAGGUUUUUUGGAUAUCAACAUCAAAAGUUUAUAGAUAAACCAAAUCAACUUUUUGGUCUUGCAGAAAUAAAUUGUUUGCUCUUAGUGUGAUUUUCACGAUCUUAAGAUCGUGUUGAAGCUAAAACGGCAUAGACAAUUUAACCAAAAGUUGCUCAAAUGAGAAUUUUUCCCCUAAAUCUGUGAUUAUAGCAGACCUUGAACUAUUUUAUUUUCUUUUUAACUAAAUUUGCACUUUACUUUCAAAUAUUUCAAAAAAGGUCACUUUGUCCAACUAAGAGCAUGUGAAACUUUCACUGAUUUUGCAUUGUUUAGUUGCAAAAUUACUCGAAAUUUGUCCGUGUAAUGUCUAUUUUGUUGAGCAGUUUAUUGUAAAAAGUUCAUUUAAAAUAGUUCUGUAGCUCUCUGUUUAUACAUUAUUUUUUACUUCCCUUUUCUACUAACAGAAAUAGACCAAAAUAAUCGUACGCCUGAUUGCUAGAAAGUAGAAACCUGUACUUUUAAGAAUAUCAAUUUUGUCUGUGGUAUUAGAAUAAAAUAACGGUAACAAUUAAACUAUAGGACCAAGUAAAAUUUAUAGAAAUGUAUUUUAAUAAACGAACAUUUUUAAGUUUUCGCGUACUUUUAAAUUUGACUCCAAAGAAUGUUGAACUAACUGUUUUCAAGUUGUACUUUUAGCUUUAGGAACUCUAUCGAUUUUAUUUACUUUGAAAUAUCUAAUUUAGAUACUGACGAUCAUAAAUAUAGUCUUCUGUUUACUAAU